GAGAGAAACAGAUGCAAGUGAUGUUAUCAGACUUGAUACUAGAACAGUUCCCCUAUUUGUAUGUCCGAUAGAAAGCUGGAAAAAAAAUCUGUCAACGAUUUCUGUACUGAAAUACUGUAUAUGAGCAAGGAAAAACUCCACUCCAGCUGGAGGUUACCAUCCCAAAUGGUCUACAACUUCGAGCACUAAGCAUCGCUGCUUAGAGGACGCUGUUAAGGCUAAUUCGCUAUGGCCUUAUCGAACCAACGGAUCGGAGAUCUUUCUCAAACGUCUUGCUCUCAAGAAUCCUAGGGUGCCAUAGUGUUUUCGAUUACAGUCCAGAGCACGUGGCGGCACGAAGCGUUUCGAGAAACACUGUGAGAACGGCGUACACUGAUCGGCUAAGAUCUUCACACCUCAAAACCUGAAUCACCUCACCAUUAGCUCCCGAGGCAAAGGCAUAAAAAACGAUUGAGUAAUCCAAUCGAUCUUGUUGAAAACCUCAUCACCAAAAAACCGAAACAUUAAUCGCUCUCUCAUAGUUAUUUUUUUCUUUGAAGCUAUCAGUUUCCACAAAAUAGCUUUCCCAUUGAUGCAUUGCAGAUGUUUAGUUGCGAUUGGCAUCUGAAGUUAAGUUAGGCGACGAAUGUUAUAACUUACGGUUGGCAGUAGCUAAGAAGGAGGUGACAGGUGUUUGGUUGAACUCGGAAGCGGUGUAUCAUAAAAGCUCAUUCGUUAGGGCACAUUUUUAUCUUAUCUUUAUCUUUAUGUCAUACUCUAAUAUACUUGUACGAUGAUUAUUCGAAAAGUGAAGGGCAUGACUAGUGUUUCAAAAAGAAAAAGAUUAAGUAAUCUGAAAUCCAGCUAGUUCCCAUACCGGUCGAAAAUCUACAAGAUCUACAGCAAAUGUACCGUCGGGAUUGGCCUCAGCAUGAGAUUAUAUACAACUGGCUUCAGAACUACAUCGAAUGGUUACGGAUCGAUAGAAAGUUGGAAAAAUUUGUUGCCCUCUCGCUCAACGACACAUGGCGAGAGAACGGUACGUUCGUAAUGCAGCUCGUUUCGUUUGGGGAGAAUCAUCUUUACACCAGUGGCUUGUUCGGAUCCAAUAGCUUUCCCCUCACCAGUGUAUCACUAGCCGCCAUGGGAGAAGCAGAUCGUUUGGUAGAAAUUCCCCGCGAAGAUUGGGAAGAGUGGCGUGAUUUGUACAGGCGCGAUUGGCCCCGCCACGAGCUAGCAUUCAAUUUGGUGCAAAACUACAUCGAAUGGUCGAAGCGCGACCGUAAAAUUAAGGAUCUGGCACUGUACAGCCUCAACGGUAGCUGGCGGGAAAAUGGCACGUUCAUCGUAACGGAUCGUAUAGAUUUGUACAUGCACACGCUGGACGAAUCGUUGGACACGUUGCGCCGGGCGCUGGAGCUAGUCGACUGGGACUACUACUAUGUGGCGCUAAUGUGCGCCUACGAAACGCUAGUCUUCGACACCUUUAAAAAGCUAAACGUGCGCGUAUCCGUCGCACGGCCCAACACAAUGUACUUCCUGUCCAAGGAGGAAGCGUUAAAGCUCAGCGUGACGGUACCGGAAGGUUUGCGGGUUGGCCCACUCCAACCGCCACAUGCCAAAAUGAUCAAUGAUCUGUGGCCUCACCGGGAAACCGGUUCGGAGUUUUCCAUCGAACGCUUAAUCCGUUGGAAUCCUUCGAUGGGUUUGUUCGACGAGCAGGCCAACCUACUCGGCUGGUGUCUGUUCACGCAGGCCGGUGUUAUGGGCUCGCUAGGUGUAAUAGAACGGCGCAAAGGGUACGGUAAGAUUGUAGUGAAAGCGUUCGCCAAACGGCUGGCCGAAAUGGGCCACAAUCUGUACGCUAGCAUUCUGGUGGAAAACGAACCGUCGAAAGCGCUUUUCGCAAGCGUUGGAUUUAAACCGAUCAUGGAGGUGAACUGGAUCCGAAAUUGUGAGCGCAAGUUCGUCGAGUGGAGCUGUGGGGAUAAGUUGGAGUUUCACUGACCCUUCAGACAAAAGGAUUCUAAUAAAUAGUUUAAAUAGUGGAAUUAAAUUAAAAACACCUAUGGGUUGGGUUCGGAUCUUGA